AUGGUAAUAGAAAAGACAUAUAAUCCCAAAUCAUUUAAAAAAUUAUUAAAUUCAAAAUUAAAUACUAAACCAUCAAAAGGAGGUAUAAAUUUAGGUAAUUUAAAUUUUACUAUAAAGAAUGAUAAUAGUGAUACUUUAAUUUAUUUAAUAUAUUUAUCAUAUUUAAAUGAUUUGAUAAUUGAUUCAAAAAGAAUUGGAUCUUCUUCUUCUUCUUCAUCAUCCACGAAUAGAAAUAUUAGUAGUAGUGGUAGUGGAUUUAGUACUUCGACUAAUGAUUCAGCUGAAUUAAAAAAGAAAAUGGAAGAUAAUGAUAAGAUUUUGAUUGCAGAGGAAGAAGAAUUGGAAGAAGUAGAAGAGGAAGAGAAUGAUGAGAGUUAUGAUGAUAUUAAUGAAACAACAUUAGAUUUAGCUGAUGAAUCUUUAGCUGAAAAAUAUAAGGGAUUAUGA